CAGUAAGGGUAGAGGCAUCUGGGAUGGCGUUGCAAGCGACAAUAGCUCAAUGCCUUCGCGAUUUAUGCUUCCAAAGUCACUCGUAAACGCAUUUGAGAAUGCGAUUCUUUUACUAGUUUGUGCAGCAAAGUCGUUCCCUAUCAUCAAUCGUUGCUCUGAUCCGAUGAACCAGCAUUUCGUGGAUGCCGCAUCCAAGAUCAAGAAAGACCAAGACUUGCUCGACACUACCGGCAAGGAUUUAUUGAACAUUGGGAAUGACGUCAAGGAAUUCAUGAAUAAAGCCGAACAAGAUGUCAUGCUCAUGGCGUAUACCGAUAUUGAUACAGAGAGUGUCAGUUACGAUAGUGUUGGCCCAGAAUACAUCCUGGCCACCAUCAUGACGAGCUUAUACAAUCGGCCUCUCCAUAAAGAUGAACCGAUUGACCUCGUCUACGCAGGGUUCUAUCGGAGACUACACCUCGAUGCCAUGAAACACCCCCGAACACGGGUGCUUCGCAAAAUCUGGCGCAUGCGCGAAGAGCUCGGCCUAGUUGCCAGCAUCAAUCUCCAGCAGCAGGAACUCCUGAGAAACUACCUCCGCAUCCUCGAACCCUGUACCUUUCGAGCAACGACCUUCAUCCGCGCUGCACGCUUCAGAGCGGAGGCCCCUUUCAUUGAUACCCAGCUUCGAAGAGCCCAUUCCGUCCGCCUACGGGUUUGUGACCUCGACUCCCGGCUGGAAGACGUGAGUAACCACGUGUCGCGCAUGCUCGAAAUACAACAAGAAAACAACGGCAACGCCAUCAUUGUCUUCACCAUUGUGACAAUUAUCUUCUUGCCGCUCUCAUGGGCUACCUCAUACCUUGGUAUGAACACCUCAGACAUUCGAAACUUGUCUCAAGGCCAGUGGCUCUUCUGGCUCAUCGCGCUGCCAGUCACGACAAUUGUUAUCGGGCUUGCGGCGCUUGUCGUCUUGAAAGGCGAGACUAUUCGCGAAUUCUUUAUCAGGCGCGAAGUAGCGAAGGACCGACAGCGCUCAGCUUCGACUGGCAUGUCUGCUAAGAGGAGGCUGUCGACAAAGAUGACGGAACCUUCUGUCGGACGGAAGCAGUCUACUAUGAUGUCGGAUAACCAUUUGUGGAGAGGCUUCCGACGGAGAACUACGAUGGUCAGGGGAGAUGGUGAGGUCUGAACAGGCUGCUCUUAAUACUCCAGAUCCGCAAUAAGCAGUAAUCGCGCCGGCAUGCGCCGAUUGACAACUCGUUUGGAAAGCACAGCCUUAGCUUUUGGCAUCCUGGACGACGUCUGCUCAUUUCCUUGUCACCAGGACCUAUGAAUUGGACACCAACAGCGGCAGUAAAAGAUUGAGCUCUACACUAUCCUUGGUCGUCCAGACCCGGAGCCUGCUCAAAGCCAGAACUAAACGUAGUGUUGGGAACUUCUAUGCGCUUAGGGGGAAGAGGGAACUAACCUCGAUAUCAAAAAGCAAACAUUGAUGAUUAAUCUGUGGAAAGAUUAAAUGUUAGAUGUGUUGGAAUAGCUCUAAUAAGUUCUUUACACGGGUUUUCGGCCGGAUGGUUGAGAAUGUGAAUUUUGAGCAUGAAUCCAACCUAUGCGAAAGCGCUCCUAAUACUGGUGCUCUGGAUGUCCAAUAGAAGCAACUCUAGCCGAUUCCAGAGAGGGAAGAG